AAGAAGUAAUAGAAAGAUGGUGAGGUGGAGAAGAUGUGAAUAAAAGUAGAGCAACAUCUACCUACCAAAUGGAGCGAACGAGCAGUACUAAUAAGUGAAUUCUAACCACUCGUGUCUCUCACCAACUCGGUCAAAUCUCUCUUCCAUUUCAUUACUACUCCUCCCACUUCUCUUCCUUUCCUUCUUUCACCACCACCUCCCAUUUAUAUCCUCUUUUUUCUCUCACAAUUCUCAUUCCCCUCUCUCUCUCCCCAAACCAUCAUGGGUAGAUCUCCUUGCUGCGAGAAACAACACACAAACAAAGGUGCUUGGACAAAAGAAGAAGAUCAACGUCUUAUUAACUACAUCAAAACUAACGGUGAAGGUUGUUGGAGAUCUCUUCCAAAAGCAGCUGGCUUGCUGAGAUGUGGCAAGAGUUGUAGACUCAGAUGGAUUAAUUACCUUAGACCUGAUCUUAAGAGAGGAAACUUUACUGAACAAGAAGAUGAUCUUAUCAUCAAUCUCCACAACUUACUUGGAAACAAAUGGUCACUAAUAGCUGCGAGGUUACCUGGAAGAACCGAUAACGAGAUUAAGAAUUACUGGAACACUCACAUCAAGAGAAAACUCUACAACCGUGGAGUCGAUCCCCAAACUCAUCGGCCGCUUAACGACGCCACGGUGUCCGCUACCAUCGCCACCGCGGUUCCACCACAAGCUCAAAUCAUAACAAGCCAUAACAACAUUAUCAUCAAAGAUGCUAGCAUUGUUAGCAACAGCAAUAAAGAUAACUAUGUCAAUACAAAGAUUAAUGGAACCAAAUUGGUUUGUGAAGAUUCAAAUUCAAAUAGCAGUAGCGGAGUUAGCUCUGAUCAGGAAGCUUAUCAGCAUCAACAACUCAACUUGGACCUUUCCAUUGGUCUUCCGUCGUCACGUCCUCAAAUUAACACACACAGCUUGAAAUUACUACAACAACCACAAGAUGGUGAUGAGCAACAAGAAACAAAGGUUGCUCCUAGUCAUGGUGUCUGUCUGUGUUACAGUCUAGGGUUUCUGAGAAACAAAGUGUGUUGCUGCAACAGAGAUAUAGGUAAUACUGUUACUACAGCGGUCACGGAUAAUAAUAUGUAUAGAUUUUAUAGACCCAUGAAUAUUUAGAAGUUAAUAUAAUUUAUAACUUAGGUUUUUUUGUUGAACAUUUGGAAGUUAGCUAGUUAACCUGAUCCGGCUCAUAAAUAUUGUAAUGUUGCAACUACAAUAUUAGUUAAUUAACAUGAAAAUAGAUUUUGUUUUGUUUU